AUGUUUAAACAAAAUAAAAAUCACUCACAUAUGGUGAAUUUUGCUAAAAAUAUAGCAAUUGGUAGCACAGCUGGUGUAUUAUCAUUAUGUUUUGUUUACCCACUUGAUUAUGCUCGUACACGUUUGGCUAAUGAUGUUAUAAGUACAAAGAAGGGAGGUGGUAAACGUAAAUACAAGGGUCCUGUUGAUGUCUAUAAAAAAACAUUGGCGACCGAUGGUAUUGCCGGUCUUUAUCGUGGCUUUGUUAUUUCAUGUGUUGAGACGAGUAUUUAUUGUGGAUGCGUUUUUGGUUUUUAUGAUACAUUUAAACCAAUUUUAGUUGGUCCUAAUGAUAAUAUUACGCUUUUAUUUUCACUUUAUUUUGGUAUCAUAGUUACAUCUUACUUUAUUUCAUAUCCAGUUGAUACUAUUCGACGACGUAUGAUGAUGACAUCAGGUGAAGCAGUUAAAUAUAAAGGUUCAAUGAAUUGUAUGUUCCAAAUUUUACGAACUGAAGGUGUUAUGGCUUUCUAUAAAGGAGCUAGUAUCAAUAUUCUUCGAGGUCUGGCUAGUGCUAGUGUCAUACUUGCAUUAAAAAGAUUGGGACAAUCUCAUGCUGGCAUUAAAGCUGAUCCAAGUGCUAGUGAUUAA